CGCUGUUUUUUGACGGGUUCCCCGUCAUCAGGAAUAGCCUGUACUAUUGGCUAUUGGCUGUGCUGGCUAUUCAGAGGCGCUGCUUUUUGACGGGUUGCCCGCCCGUCAUCAGGAAUAGCCUGUACUAUUGGCUAUUGGCUAUUGACUAUCACUGAGCGUUGUUGCGGGGAAAGAGUGGAAGCCGUGGGAAGCUAUGGCGACCAUGGUUCGAACUCAAGCUUGCGUCGGGGCGGUCGUUGGGAGUCUCUCUGCGGCAUCGACACCCUCCUGUACUAUCAAUGGCCGUGCUUCAGACAAGAUCGCCUGCCUCAUCAUACCGGCUGCUCCUGGUAAUGACACGUGGCUGACGCUCUCUGGACCGGCUUUGACUCAGCAAUGGCGUAGCCCUCAUUCGCAAACCAGGCUCCCAAAGUCGUCACUGGCGGCGGACUCACUCAUGUCCGCCUGGUACAGCCGGUGGUCGUCCGGUGCAUGCCGUUGCGUUAGCGCGGCAGAGAGUCCUGCUGCUGUCAAUAGCACAGAAAAUGGGAAGGAAGAGAAGGUUCCUAUCGAGAAGGCGUAUCCUGCCUACCCAACGGUUCUGGAUGUCAAUCAGAUCAGAGACAUUCUUCCACACAGGUACCCCUUCUUGCUGGUGGAUAGAAUCGUUGAGUUCGAACCCGGAAAGUCGGCUGUGGGAAUCAAGAAUGUCACCAUCAACGACAAUUUCUUCCCCGGUCAUUUUCCUGAGAGGCCCAUCAUGCCCGGCGUUCUGAUGGUUGAGGCUCUAGCUCAAGUUGGGGGGGUUGUCAUGCUCACACCAGAGGUUGGGGGAUCGAAGGAUUCGUUUUUCUUUGCGGGAAUCGACAAGGUGCGCUUCCGCAAACCCGUCGUGGCGGGGGAUACGCUCGUAAUGAGAAUGAAGCUGACACAGCUGAGGAAGGGUUUCGGAAUUGCGAAAAUGCGCGGAGAGGCCUACGUUGGGGGAGAGCUGGUCUGCGAGGGCGAUUUCAUGAUGGCCUUGGGAUCUUGAACAGUUUCCUCCUUUCAUCUGAAUUUGCGGUCACACCUUUCUUUUUUUUUUUAAUGUAAGGCGGAUGCAGUGGCGCCGCUGGCAAAGAAAAUAAUGGCAGGGUUUUCUGAACAAGGUUCAGGGGCUUGCUUUCCUCACAAAGAGAGAAUUGAGCAUGUUGACACUGACACACCCAUGUGGCUACGGUGAAGAAAGGCUAUGGUGGCACAAGCUUCCUAUCGCCGAGAAAUGUCCUCCAGCGUCGGUUUAUUCGCCGGGUCCAUUGAUGGUUCUCCGGUUCUGAGUUCUGUGCCGGAGAGCUGCUUCAGUCUCCAAGUCGCAACGUCUCAGAGUCUCUCGGCGCUUCAAGUUUCCAGCAGUCUCUUCAGUUACUCGCAAGUCCCUUUUUCUGGAGUCUCUCUUGAGUCCUGACUUCUUUUUCUUGCGACUUUCUUGCGACUUUCUUGCGUCUUUCUUGCGACUUUCUUGCGUCUUUCUUGCGUCUUUCUUGCAUCUUUCUUGCGACUUUCUUGCGUCUUUCUUGCGUCUUUCUUGCAUCUUUCUUGCGUCUUUCUUGAGUCUGAGUGUUUCUUGAGUCUGAGUCUUUCUUGAGUCGCUCUUGGAAGUUUCUUGGCUUCUCUCGCCUUCUUUUGAGUGUUCUCGAGUUGUUCUCGAGUAUAUCAAAACUCGAGUCGUUCUCGAGUCUUCCUUGAGUUUGAGUCGUUCUUGAGUCUUGAGUUUGAGUUUGAGUCUUUCUUAAGUUCUUGAGCAUCUCAGUAUCUGUUGAGUAACAAAAUGGCUGGCAGUGUUUCGGCCAAAAGAGGCUUGGUGGGAGUGUGGGCUUUAAGUCUUGAGUUGUGGAGUUUUUCUCAAGUCCUUGAGUAUCUCUUGAUUCUUCUUGAAUUUUUUUCUCGAGUAUCUGUUGAGUACCAAAAUGGCUGGCAGUGUUUCGGCAAAAAGAGGUUUGGUGGCAGUGUGUGCUUUAAGUCUCCACGUAGCAGUCUCCUGAAAUAUGGUAUUUUUUUCUGACAUCUUGAUGAUUCGAGGGUGUCUCUACGUCCCAGCAUCUUACAGACUAGUAGAGUCUACUGUGGUAUUUUUUUCUGAUAUCUUGGUAUUUUUUUCUGAUAUCUUGGUGGUUCAAGGGUCUCUAAGUACCAGCAUCUUACAUGCUAGAGUGUAGUGGAUACUGGCAGACUCAGAGUCUUCUGAGUCUCUCUGAGUUUCUCUGUCUUCCUCCAACUUUCUAGAGUUUUUCUGGAGAUUGAGGAGGACUUGUCGGCAUAGAGGGGUUGGCCUGCUUGUGUGUGUAAGCAUCUUUGAACCUGCUACGAAGCUUUUCAGAACGACGGAGGCUGGGAAGAAAAGCACAAAGAUAUCUUCUGAGGACAGGGGACGGAUUGCCUGCUUAUGUGUGUAAGUUUCUGUGAGCCCUCCCUGAAGCUUCCGAAGUACUUCAGGCUGGGAAGAAAAUGCAAAGAUAACUUCCGAGGAUUUUGCUUGUGUGUGAAAGCGUCCACGAACCUUCUACGAAGCUUCAGAACUAUUGAGGCUGGGAAGAAAGCAUAAAGAUCUCUUCUGAGGAAAGGGGGCAUUGAUGUCCUUUCCCUUUUCUGGAAGGUAUAUGUCAGGCUUGUCCUUUUUGUCUUUUAGCUCUCUCAGGAUAGGUGCCAUUGAUGACCUUUCUCUUCUUUGGAAGGUCAGAUUUGACUUUUUCUGUUAAAUCAAGUCCAACAUUUCCUGUGGUUUUCCCUUUUAGAUGCAGGGCAGGGGUCACCACCCCUUUCCCAUUCUUUCUGCUUUAUAGCUGAGAUAUUCUCAAGAGUCAAGACCAUCUUAUUAAUAGCUACAUAGGUAAGGCUUAUCCCUUGUACCUUAGCUUGCUUGCCAUUGUCUGUAAGUUUUCACAAGACAAACACUUUGAGUUCAAUCCAGUAUAGCAAUCUCUUGCCUUGUGGGAGUUUAGCUGAUCACAGUGGAGAUUACAGUGGGGGGGAAGGGGGUGGAGGGUGGUUGGUUCAUCACCCAGGGGGAUAGUGUUGGGAAGUCUGUGCGUAGCAUUCUUUAUGGACUCAGAUUGACCUUAUCAGCUGCUGCUGGUUUAUUGGGAAAAAAAAAAAGAAAAAAAAGAAGGAAAUGGUUGUCGGAGGCUGUGGUUUCAUGUGUGCAAAAGGAGUUGAAGUAAUGGAAUGAAGGACCAUUUGAUUGUGGUGGGGUGUGAUAUCUGCAGUUAAUUUCUUUGCGGUUCCACGGUUAGUCAGUCACAUCGGCAAAACAGAAUUGAGAUGGGGGGGUGUUUUGGGGUUGGAGGGGGUUGGAGGGGGUGUUCCAGGUUGAGCAUGGAGAAAGGGGAAGGGGGUUUGGGGGGAGGGGGAGGUGGGGGGGAGGGGUAGGUGUUCCAGUUUGAGCGUGGAGGGUGGUCUCUGGAUUUGAGAGGAAUUUUGAGCAUGGAGGGUGUGUGGUUCCAGGUUCAGAGAAUGUGGAACAGAGUGGGGGGGUGGGCAACUGCUCCAGGUUGAGCAUUGAGGAGGAGGGGUAGGUGUUCCAGUUUGAGCGUGGAGGGUGGUCCCUGGAUUUGAGAGGAAUUUUGAGCAUGGAGGGUGUGUGAUUCCAGGUUCAGAGAAUGUGGAACAGAGUGGGGGGGUGGGCAGCUACUCCAGGUUGAGCAUUGAGGAGAGGGAGGGAGUGUGCGGGGAGUGGAGAGGAGGGGAGGUCGUUCCAGGUGUCGAGGACCGAAUGCCGAACAGAGUGGUGCAAGGUUAUUGAAUUUCUGGUGAGAGGGAGUUGCAAGGAGUGAACCGGAGAAUUUUGAUGACGAUUAUGGCGUCUGCCAUCUUCGAAGGACUUGUCCGAGUCCAGCUCGUGACAGAUGAGAGAAGUUACCCUUCGUCCUUUUUCUUCUUCUACUUCUGAUGACGAGUAUAAACUUAAAUGAGAUGUUGAGGACACUGCAACGGCGGGAGUAAAGACAUCUGGAGGGUUACAGUUUGGUCAAGGAUACACAGCUCUGUUGCUGUGGCGGGGAAAGAUACAAGAGCAUCGAAGACUCCUGUUAAGGUUUAUUGGUGGAGGGGAGGUGGCCGGAAGGUAAUUGAUUGAUUAAUUGAUUGGAUGGAGACAGAGCAUCGGAGUCCAGUUAAGGUUUAUUGUUGGGGAACUUGGGGGUUAUACCUCGGUCAGCAACAGACAACUGAGUUGGAUAAAGCAAAUGAAAUGGGAAGGAAGACUUCAAUGCGAACUCAUUUGAUUCGAAGUAAGCCGUUUCAAUUCGAUUCGAUUGGGUGGCGGGAGAUCCGUGAGCAAACGAAAGGGUGUGGUGCGUAAGAUGCCGGGAGUGAGUUAUAUACUGUGAUCCUUAUGAAACCUAACUCUAAAUUGUCUAUACCAUGCUGUGUUUCCUAUAUACGUUUCCAACUCUGCAGCGAGCCUCCAGAGGCUUGCUAGAGGCCUUCGUCGGUUCCUUAGUCCCCUACUAUCAAGUAUAAACCUUAAUGAACUUGACCACUUUAUAGUUGUUGGCGAUGUGAGGGACAGAAAGCUGUGUUGGAUGAAAGAUAAGGACAUGAGAAGAGGAAGUGGUGGUGGCAGAGGAGAGCUUUGGUGAGUGAGUGAGAGGUGUGUGGUGACGAUAGUACCAGACAAGAACGUUUCAAAUCGCUGUUAGAGUAACCGCAUGGCGAUGUGAGUUGUGUGAAGGAGGUAGAGAACAGAGGUGGUGUAUACCUCUCAAGGUGUAUGAUGGGCAAGUCGAGGAGCUGUGCAGAUUAGAAGAGGUCGACAAUAGAGGUGGUGUGUACCUCUCAAGGCGGGCGAGCGGAUGGGUGCGCACGCACAGUGCAGAUUCUAUAUUCUGUAACUUGUCUCAUGUGUUGUCUCGAAAAAGGGAAGGAAUGUGGAAAGCAGCUGAUAGUGUCAUUUUGUGCAGUUCUGAGGAAAGAUCACAGCACAUGCUGGAGAACAGUGGUGGAAGAGGACGAGGGCAUUGCCGACUUUUCACUGACCAAAUAUCGUUCAUUUUUUUUUUUUUCCUGUGGCACAAGAAAAUAUGUUUUCUCCUACAGACUCCAAUGUAUGUUUUCUUCCAAUUUGCACUCUUCCUCCCCUCUCUGUCGGGCAGGAAAUUGCAGUGAAAGUAAAAGUUGUUAAACAGU